AUGAGAAAUAACCUUGAAACUAGUAUUGAAAACUUUUGGCAGUGCAUAAAAGUUAAAUCUAAUGAUUAUACGAUUAAAGAAGAAACUGAAAAAAUUAACAUUCAACGUGAAGAAUUUCUCAAAUUUAUUGAAAAUUCUAUUCAACAAAGCCACGAAAUACGCAAAUAUGUUUCGAACUUGCAGUUAUUAAUCAAAAGUUUCUCUGACCAGACUAUCUCUGACGAUGAUUAUAAAAAUUUGGAAUCUUUAUUAGAUGAUACUAAACGUAAUUUAACAUCUGCUGAAAUGUUGAGAAAUCAAGCUAAGAACGUUUUAGACGAACUAGUAACAAUCAGAAAUAACCUUAACAAAUAUAAAAAUGAUGUUCAGAACGAUGUGAGCAACAUUAGAUCGAAAACAAAAGAUGAAUUGGACAAAGUUAAUGAGGAAAUAAAUUCUUCAUCAACUACUCUCGCCGUUGGAUCUGCCGCUGCAGGGAUCGGUGUUUUGUUAACUGCGAUUUCUGUAGCUCUUGCUCCGUUUACUGCUGGUGCUAGUAUUGCUAUAGAAGCCGCUGUUUUAGGUAUUAUUGGAGGUUCAGCUGCAAUAGGUGGUGGUACUGCUGUUGCCAUAAAAGAAGGAAUAAAUCGACCAACUAGACAGGCCAAAAGCAAUGACAUCAAAGUAAAAUUGGAAGAAGAAAAGAAUGAAUUAACAGUCAUCAUCGAUAGGAUGGAGGAAGAUCUUAAAUCAAUCAUUGGAACAAUCGGAGAGCUUGUUGGAUACUGGGAGAAUCAAUCAGAAAUCGUUUCUGAUCUUUUAAAAAAAGUGAAUGAAACGAAAGAUAGUGGGAAAGUCAACAAUUUACUUGUUCGAGCUAUUGACAAAUCUUUGAAAGAAUUGGAAUUAGACGAACUUUAUGCCAAAGAUUUUUGUGUUACUAUUAGAGGUUUAUUAGCAAGAGAUCAAACGGAAUUUGCUGUGCAAUUUGGAUCUAACCAGGUUUGGAAAAAAAAUCUGAACAUUAGCGAAUGCAUUAGAAGUCAUUUGCAACAACAAUACGUUAAUCUUGAUCAAGGAGGUGCUUGUGGAUGA